AUGCAUUCAUUUAUUAAACAAAUUGAUGUAAAUAUUGGUCAAACAACUGUUACAACAUCAUCAGUGAAUUAUUCAUAUGUGUCAUAUAUUGACACUCUUCUUAACAGUAAUAGUGAUGCUAGAAAUACACAUUUAGAGACUGCAUUUUGGCAUAAAGAUGAGACACCUAUGGAUUCGGUAAAUGAGAUAAGAAGUAGUCGUAUACGACCGUCAGGUAACUCAUUAUCUGACGGGUGUGAAGUCGAAAUGUAUGGCAAUUUGCACAUUGAUUUAGCAUCGCAAGUAAAGUCUUUACUUGGAGGGGUCACACUGAAUAUUAAAAUUUACCCACAAGAUCCCAAGUUUUAUUUAAUUUAUGAUAAAACAUUGAUACCAACAGUUGAAAUAAUGGACGUAAGAUUGUUUAUGCAUAAAUCUAUUGUUAACCCACAAGUAGUUGUGGCACACAAUAGAGCACUUGAAAGUGCUAAUGCCCGCUAUUUUAUUACACGAAAGGAAGUAAAGACAUCAAUUAUAGCUAAAGACACAUUAGAUUGUUAUUUAAAUAAUGUCAUCAAUGGAGUGAUUCCUAGAAAAAUAUAUAUUGGUUUUGUUAGUAACGAAGCAUAUAAUGGUUCAUAUAAUAUGAACCCAUUUUAUUUUAAAAAUUACAAUAUCCGACACAUUGCUUGCUAUGUUGAUGGGACUCAAUAUCCACACAGACCAUACACACCAGACUUUACAAAUAAAAAAUAUAUGCGUGAAUACUUUGGAUUAUUUGAAACAGCAAAUCAAAUCAAACAUUCAACAGAUAUUGACAUAACACGGGAAGAGUAUGCUGAAGGUUAUACACUAUUUGGAUUCAAUUUUACACCGGAUUUAUCUGAUGGAGUAGCAAAAAGUGGUUAUGUAUCAACUGUGGUUAGAGGUAACUUACGAGUUGAACUAAAGUUUGCCUACCCUAUACAAGAGACUGUAACUGCAAUCAUAUUCUGCGAAUAUGAUAGUUGUGUAGAAAUAGAGAGCUCAAGAUUUGCUAAUAAAAAUUUUCAAUAA